UUGGCAUGAAUAUUGUAUAAUAUUUUAUAUUGUGGCAAUAAUAUAUUAAUAUCAAUGAUAUUGAAUAAUUAUAUAAUAAAAAAUAUUUAUUGUUUUUAAAUUUUUCUUUUAUAUCAAAUCAAUAAAUAAUUUUUUAAGUUUUAGCCAUGACUAGAGGUUUUAAGCCUUCCACAAAUGUCGCACCACUUAUCAAGUUUGGUCGUUGGAGUUUGCUACUAUUGGGCAUUUCUUAUGGAGCUACUAAACAUAGUUUUCUUCAAAAUAAUGCAGAUAAAACUAAAGAAACCCGUUACAAGCUCAAAGCUGUAAAAGAAAUUAAAAUAUCUGAAGAUAAAAUUAAGUUUGCUGCUGAAGAAUUGAACAAUUUGGAAUUGAUUUUAAAUCCUGUGAAAGUGUGAAGGAUGCAUAAAGAAGCUUCCUUUAGUUUGUUAGUUACAUAAAUGUUACUUUUAGUUAAAGAUUGAUCUAUCAAUACAUUAAUGAAAACAUUUUAACACAUUUAAGCAUUUUAGUGUAAGAGUUGUGUAAAAUAAUUUUAUGUUAAUUUUCCUGAUGUCUAGUAUUCAAUAAAUAUUAUAGCUAUAUAUGCGUAUAGUAAAUACCUAA